AUGAUUUUGCUAGCCUUGUUAGCGCUUGUCCCAUUGGCCACUAGCGCAUUUGCUCCUCUACUACUCGCUUCACAUAAACUAGUCCCCGGAUUACAAUCAGAAAUCAAUGAAUCGAAUCUCAAACCUCACAAUGUCACUUCUGUGACCAACAUGUUGAAAAAGCUAAUAACCCAAUGUUCAUCGGAUGCGUAUGUUAUAGUUGAUCAACCUGGACUUACUUAUGAAGACUUGACUGAUAAAAAGAGAGAUAACUGGCCCUUUUUGAUCAACUACUUGUACAUGUCAUCGACUAUUGUUGGAUUGCCACGAAUUGAAUCAGGUCUUGACUUGGACUUUAUCGAAGACUACAUUAUAAACACUUGCGAUGCCGAAACUAUCAAUGUUUGGCACGAUGACGACAACGAAGUUACAGAUUACUAUGAUGUCAGAACCAGAGUUAUCAAGAUUACUCUAAGCCCCAUUACUGGGGACCGAGGAGCGCAUUUGCGUGAGCACGAUGAAUUGAUUAGAAAGAUCUUGCGUAAACUUCCGUCACCACAUUAUACCGUGAUCUUGACAAGCACAGAGCCUGGAAAUUUUCAUCCAACCCCAGACUUUAUCAUGAGUGAGCAGCCAGAAAACUUUGAGAUCUUCCACGAUAUCGUGAAUAACCCAAAACAUAACGGAGGGGUAGAGAAGAAUGAUCGAUUUCAUAAGGUUGCGCCCAAUUGGAAUCCUAUAAGACAUACAAAUGAUCGAUACCUCACAAAUAGAAAGAAAGACGAGAUUCAUUUAUUUGACUACAAACUAUGGGAAAAGAAUGAAAAGCUAGUGGCCACCGUGUUGGUAAUGAUUUUGAGCUUGUUUAUGUUGAAAACUUUAUCGGUUAUCCAAACUAUCAAGCAAAAAUUCAUCAAGCAGCAAAUACCAAUUAGCAAAAAAACCAAUUAG